UGCGACGAGAUGCGGAAUUAAUACGUCUCGCAUCCAGACAGCUGCAAGGUCGUGCUGUGGCAUCUGAUCUCUAAGGGGUGAGGCUAAGGGAGUGUAGCAUGCAUGGGUUGUUUGGAGUGGCAUAGUCAGCAAACUAUCGCAGUUGUCUGGUUGGUGUCUCGGCUCAACGGUUCAUGAGCAAUAAAGAAUGAGAACGGAGGAUUCUCGAACUGCCUUGACAGCGCAGGGGAUUUAACCUAAAAGAUUUGGAUAUGAAGAAGGACAUUGAGUCACUGAUACUAGAGGAACGUGCUGACAUAAUCUCAAAGUAUGACAAGGGCAGGCAGGAGGGUGUCCACAUUGACCCCUGGGAGGAUGCUGACUUCAGCAUCUAUAAGGUCACAGACCGCCAUGGCUUCAUGCACAAGGAGGAGCUGCCGACUCCCAGUGUACAAGAAGAGAAGCAAAAACAUCAGGAGAUAGAACGGGUGGGGAAAUGGCUGAAGAUGGUGAAGAAAUGGGAUAAAUACUGGAACAGCGACAAGAUGGUGAAGCGUGUUUACAAGGGCAUCCCGCUCCAGCUUAGAGGACAGGCAUGGGCUCUGCUGCUGGAAAUUGAGAAGGUGAAGAAGGAAAACUCUGGGAAAUAUGAGAUUAUGAAGAAGCAGGCCAGAAGUUUCUCUACAGAGAUCAAACAGAUUGAUCUGGAUGUCCACAGAACAUUCCGGAACCACAUCAUGUUCAUGGAUCGCUUUGGGAUCAAGCAGCAGGCCUUGUUCCACGUGCUUGCGGCCUACUCCGUAUACAAUACGGAGGUGAGCUACUGCCAGGGGAUGAGUCAGAUUGCAGCCAUCCUGCUCAUGUACCUAAACGAGGAGGAUGCCUUCUGGGCCUUGUCCCAGCUCCUUACCAACAGCAAACAUGCCAUGCACGGGUUCUUCAUUCCUGGGUUCCCUAAGCUGCACCGGUAUCAAGCCCACCACGAACAGAUCCUGUCCAAGCUCCUCCCAAAGCUAAAGAAACACAUGGACAAAGAGCAGAUGUCCAAUGGGAUAUACACCACUAAAUGGUUCCUGCAGUGCUUCAUCGACAGGACCCCCAUUACUCUGACUCUGCGCUUGUGGGACAUCUACAUUCUAGAGGGAGAGCGAGUACUCCCAGCCAUGGCCUACACCACCCUAAAAAUACACAAGAAGCGUUUGCUUAAGCUUCCUCUGGAGGACCUAAGGGAGUUCCUCCAGGAGGAUCUGUCCAAGUCCUUCUUUCUACCCGACGAUGUGGUGGUGGAGCAGUUGCAGGGUGCCAUGGCAGAGCUACGCAAGAUGAAGCUGGACCUCCCGCCACCAGCUAAGUCAGAGGAGCUGCCGAAGAAGCCCCUGGGUGAGGAGCGGCCUGUUUUCCUGAUGCCAAUCCAGACUGAUUUAACUAUGUCUUCGGAACAGCCAAAGACAAGUCUCCAGCUCCAAGACACUGCCCCCAGGGAGCCCUCCCUAUCUCCCCGAGAACCCUACAACCCUUCUUCAGCCCGCACCCUUCUCCGCCCUGUGCCCUUUCCACUGGGUCCGCUGUCCCCUCCCAAACCCCCGCCAAAGCCACAUAAAGUUAGGUUCCCUCAAGGGGAGGAGAGGGUAAGGGAGAAGGAGAUGUGUCAGAGUGACCUUGUCUCUGAUGUAAAGAAUGAAGAGAGGCAGUCUGAAGGUAGGGGUAGUACAGAAGGGCUGGAGGCCCAGUCUGGAGGUCUAGAUGGCCAGGGAGAGUGUGUGGACUGGCCCCUGCCGUAUGAGCCCCCUGUUGGGGACAUUUCCGUCAUGGAGCCUGGUUCUGAGAAACUGGAGCUUCCGGAUCUACCCCCUCCACCUUGUUACUCAUUGGGAGAGAUCACCCACAUCCCACAGGCCCCAGAGCUUCAGUGUUUACAGGACAGGACCGAGGUAGGGCUAAAGUCGGAUUAUGUGCCUCCUUGUUCUGCACUUUCACUGGUUGUAGAAUCCCUCCCGAAGGCUCAACGUCCACCUCCACCUAGAUCCCUGGACCUCAUCUUGGAGGAACCCCCAUCCUCCCGUCCCUCUUUCCACCUUGCAUUUGCCAAACCCACCCCCCGAAUCCCGCUGAAGCCAACCAAGUUCCCUGUGUCACUCUGUGUGCCCCCAAUGGACGGCGACCGCCGACCCUCCAACACCUCCCAGUAUGACAACCUCUCCGAGGUCGGCGACGAGGACCGCUACCUGGACCGGCUGUUGGAAGCGUCCACUGCCCUGCCGCAGAGCCCUUUGCUGGGAACAAGCCCUCAGGAAAAGGUGGGGAUGUUUGGCCUACCACCUCCGCCGCAUACGCCUGAGCCGGAUGAUGAAGACCCCACGUCCUUGCUCUUCUUACCACCUCCCCCUGUGUACUAUGAAGGUCAGGAUGAGAGCUGGGUGGUAGACUCCAUUGUCCUCCCGCCGCCCCCACCCUGCUUUGCCGAUAGAUUGGUUCCUUUUGAGUGUAGCCCUCUUCCCGACCAGCACACCAGACUCUGUAACCCUUUGGUCACACAAACAGCCACGGCUAACCAGGGCUGCUCCCAACCACUGAUCAAGUACCACAGGCCGCUCCCUGCACUUCCUGUUUCUCCUGCUGAGAGGCCAUUCCCUGGGAGCCUGUCCAGACAGUUGCCUGAAGGGGCCCCCUCAGCGAUUUCCAGCCCAGACUUCUACCAAAUGCACACCAGGAGCCAUCAGCUGCCCAAAUCUGUGACCUUUUAGAGUUUGGAAUAUUUUGGGAUGUGUUGCUGGGCUAGGAAUGAAACAAACAAAAAACGAGACUGCAGGGAUUAGCCCCCAUCAUUAUCUUUUGAAAAAUGCCAUUUUGUAAAGGAGGGAGGAGAAAAAACUAGUGGGCCGUUACUGUUUUUGUGGGCCAGUUUCUGAGUUUUUAACCCUUUUUAAAGCACAAUGCAGUUGUGUUGAAACUAUUUUGCCUCACAAGUUUCUGUGUGUGUCAAUAUGACAUUACUUGAUCAUUUCAUCAUGUAGGAAUCUGUCAUUUCUUUCAGUUCCAUUUUCCUGUAACAGCAAAGUGUCUUAACCAUUGUGCAGUUUGACGUCCAACAAAAACAGGUGUUUUAGUUGAAUAACUUAACCCUAAGGUCUUUCCAGGUUGGCACCAGUCAGAAAAGCACCAAAUCAAAAUUUAAUUUAUGUGAGCUGAUUCACACUGCUAAACAGAAUGCUUCGACCAUAUGGUUUUUGAAGUUAUUUGAAGGUUUUUAUUUACACACUGCUUCAAAAUGUUACUUGUGUUCAGGAUUUUGUAAGGAUGAAUAGUUGUCCAUUCCAUAAAUAUUUUAGAUACUGUACAUUAACUAAAUACAUGUGGGAAUUGAAAAGCCAUUUGUUUGUGGUAACCAAACUAUUUGAAGAUUUUGUACAGGCACGUUUUAGCAAUAACAUCAAACUGGGUGCUAUCCAUGGCAUAUGUUUUAUCACCAGGGGAAUUCUCACCCUGCUCUGUUUCUUUCUGUUUCUCUUCUCUUUGGUAGUUAUGGUGCAAUAAUCUCUGGUAUAUAUAGUGACACAUGCUUCAUAGAGCAGCAUGACUUGGAGAGGAGUCCCGUUUCUUAUGUGUUAGAAGCAGCCUUGUGUUUGUGUGGAGUUUUUUGCUAUUCUUUGUUUCAUUUUGUGAAAAAAAAAUUCUAAACCAAUAUAUUCAGUGUUAUUAUUAUUAGUUUGUUUUGGUAUUUUUCCAUGACAUCAAAGCAAUAGUGCGCCAUAGAUAUAUAACCGGAAAAGUUUAUAAAUGUGCGAAGGACAAUGCAUCCCAGAUUUACAUUGUACACAAAGUAAUAACAUAAAGGGGACUCCAAAUGUGGGAGUUGGCUGUUCUACUUACUCCAAUAUUAACUGCCCAAAAAAAUUUGUGAUUGGUUGACUGAAUGGAAAGGGCUGAACAGACAAACACAGAAAUCACUCAAUUUGUUUUUAUUAGGGACAAGAAAAAACCCUGGUCAAAUACCCUCCCAAGAGAUUAAGGCCAUUUGAAAUGCAAGCUCCAACCUCCAUUGUGUAAACCAAUAACAUGAAUUACUGCCUUUGGGACUUGCCUUUAGAUUUGCCAUUGUGUUUGAGUUAGUAAAACGUCCACAUUCUCUAGUGACUUUAGCCUGAUCAAUAAUAUUUAAGUUUGGCUCCACCUAAUGGAGAACUUGGAAACUUUAAUUGGUGAGAUCUGUUACCUACUUAAAAAAAAAAACAUAUAUAAAGGGUUAUUUUAUAAAAGAAACACAUACUUAAUGUUUUGGGGAUUAGACUGUUGUUUACAAAGGCAAAAAAACUGUAUGUUGAUGCAAAAUGCACUUUUGAUAUUUAAAAACAUGCAGUGUUUUUGAGAUGGCAUCAACAAAACUGUUGUUGUUGACGGGUCAAUAUCCAUUUAAUAAUCAAUGAUUCAUCCUCUGGGUAAGUUGUCCCAAUGUUUUUUAUCCGUGCCAAAAUGUACAGUGCUUACAAAAUGUGCAAACGAACACUGCCUUGAGUUCAAAAACAUUUGAUUGCUUUUUAAACUCAAGGCAAAACAUUUGUUGCCUAAGUACUGUCUGAAGGAUGUUAGCAUCAAGUAAAAUCCAAGUGUUCGCUUCAGGUGAAGGGAAGAGAAUUGGGACACAGUCCAUUUAGAAAGGGGCUUCAGUUGAUUGGUUGUCUGGUAGAACCAACAUUUAGAAAAUAGGUAUUCUAGAAGUGGAAUUUUAAGCCAUAAUGUGACAAGGGAAUUAAGUCCACCUCAUAAAUGGCACCUUAUUCCCUACACAAUAAACAGCUUUUGACCAGAAAGUUAUCCACUUUGUAGAGAAUGUGCCAUUUGGAACUCGGGCAAGACCUGCGUAGCUCCAAUGUUUACUGCUUCAUUCAAAUGAUAUCACAGGUAUUACCGAAAUCAGUCUGAAGUUCUAGUACUCUCACAUUUAAUUGUAUCAUUUACCAUGCUACAGUGAGUGUUUCGUCCUUGGUUACUUUGCAUUUGUUUAAAAGACUCCAGAUCAAAAGCUUUUUUGUACCAUGUUCUGAAAAGAGUGCUGUUUGAUUUUGCUUGUUCAGAGGGGAUGUUGUGGGAUAGACUUCAGUUGAACAGUUGUAAAGUAUACA